AUGUUUUCGUAUUUAGUUCCGAGAGAGAUCAAAGCACAAGGACCAGAAGCGAAGCUUGCUUAUGGAAAUGCCUUGAAGACUGGAAAGGUGAAGGUCUACCGUGCUCGAAUCAUGCUGAUCGGUCAAGAUCGAGCGGGCAAGACAAGCUUAAAAAAGUCAUUCUUAGGUCUACCAUUUAACCCUGAGGAAGACAGCACUGAUGGAAUUGAAGUUGACCCAUCAAAAUUCGAAGUCGACAUCGAUCAAGUAAAGAACUGGAAAGUCACCGAUAAAAAGCUAAGUGUGUCUCAAUUUGCCCUUGAUCUUGCAAAAAUGGUGGCUAAAGAAAUACAGGAACGAGAUAAAGACGAAGAAGUUUCACAAGAAGAUGAUGAAGAGGACGGUGACGACGACUACGAGAAAGCAAGAGGAAAACAAAGAGAACAAAAAUCAAAGCUGGAUGACUACAAAUCAAAGCAGGAUGAUCCUGAUGAAGAUACAAACAAACAGACAAAAAUGGGUCAGGUUGGUGACAGAAAAACAACCCUAAAUUAAAAUACAAAAAAAUGAAACCAGGAAUACAAAAAAAAACAAAGAACAAAAAGAAAAUCCUCAUACCUUAACAGACUACAUGAUAAAAAAUUCACUGGUCUACGUAGCUGGCGAGUGUUCUAGUUUUUUGGCGAGAAGGUUGGGAUUGCCCUCGAGGUUUCUCCCACGAGCUUCUACGAGGCAGCAAGAAAGUACUCCGGGCAUAACAAUCCUGCCAGCUACACAGGCUGGAAAAUUUACUAGCUUGCGUGGUUAUUUUCAUCCACUUGCAAAUAACCUGCUGUGGACUAGAAUAGCAAUCAUCAGACACAAUUAUUGGAUUCAAUUAGUGGUUCAAUUUUAUUCUUGGUUUUAAUUUUAUUUCCCUUUGUUUUAAAAUCAUUGUCAUACAUUACCAUACCCAAAGACAAAGGGAUAAUAUUUAAAACAAGGAUAAAAUAGGCCACUUCCGAGUUCCAAAAACCCUCACUUUGAAAAUGAGGCUAAGUGCACAACCUGUCAAAACUCAUUUCCUCAGUGAGGAAAUGAGUUUUAUUUGCAUGAGAAUGAAAAAUCAUUUCCAUAUCAAAGGCUGAGCACUUAACCUCGUUAUGAUACAGAGGCCUGGGGAAACUUGGAAAUGACCUAUUGAACCACAACAUAUACAUGUAUGUGAAAAAAGCAAUUUGUCAGUAAUCUGUUUAGUUUAUCGUGUUUCUAUGUUGUCAACCUGACUAAUGUAUUUAUUUUUAUCAAAACUUGUAGUCCGGUCUUAACUCUCCUGGAGAACCUCGAUUGUCAAAGCCACCAGUGGUUAACUCUCAAAUGAAUCAGGUAAAUAUAACAGCGUUUCUCUGGUUGAAGCCUUAAAUACUCUAAACCUUAAUUCAUUAUGACCUUCUGUCAAACGAAUUCAAGAAAGUAAAGUUUUUACACACACCAGCCCAGGUUUCAAUUUUAAAUUUGGCUAGGCUUUAUGAGAAGAUAACGGAAAAAUGAUUACUAUAGUAUGUCGUUAGCUAACUGGAAUGUAAAAGAAAAAGAAAAAUUUAACGUUGUUGCAGAUCCAGUUUUCUGUUUUUUGGUGGUAUUUUUCGAAAAGCGGUUUUCAGUAGGACCGUCUCUCUCCUCUUCUGACUUUAAGGUUUGAUCAUUGCAGAUUAGGCUUUAUUGUACCAAGGCGUCCUCACUGUCCCAUUACACUAAGGCGAAAGGACAGUGGGAGUUGUCAAGAUUGUGAGUCGUCUCUUAAAAACCUAUUUCCUAAAAACUUUCUUUAUCCUUGGAGUAAAAGAAGGGGAAAAACCAAGUUGUGUGUGACAGAAUGUGGCUUUUCUUUAAAGCAAAAACUUAAUGAGCGUACGUAUAGUGUACGUUAAAGAUUUUGGUGAAUAGUGUUAUUUUUUCUGGCUAACUCCAAGCACAUGAAUUUCAUUCGCUUAUGGUCUGCUGUACAAUAAACGUCGUUUUUUUGCAAGUACAAAUAUGUACCCGGGUGUAUUUACAAAGCGAGUACCUUAAAAGCAACUCGCUAACUUCUUAACUACCACUUGACUUUAAAUUUUGACAUGUUAUUAUGGAAAGUUUGGUGACUAUAAAUAGGAGCUAACCUUUUCCAAAUUAAUGUCUAUUAAGAGUGGAUCUUGUGCUUAUCUGUUAACACUACAGGUCAGUGCUCCACCCCUAGUGGCUAUUAUUUGCCUAUUUAGAGCUUUAUAUUCCCUGUUUAUUUACUGUUUAUGAAUAGUAUAAUGAAUUACAAAGUGUAACCCUCACUUAGUUUUAACUCUUCGUCCAUCAGUCUUACCUUGCCAAGGGUACCUCGCGCUUUGCUUAUUUCCAAUUGUCCAUCUGGCGCGGUCUCUUGAAGCGUGGCUUGAAAUUAUAUACAUGCUUAAAAACUGGAAAUACUGCUUUUAUCAGGGAAAGAUUCACUUGGGAAGACAGUUGAAGUACAGUUGGUACUAGCAGAUAUUGAUGUUGAAAUACCUCGUGUAGAAUAUCGGCCCUUUGUUCUAAGAGACAAACUAAAUGAAAAGAUUGCCACUUGCAAAACGCCCCUAUGUACAUAUUUUGUCCUAAUUGCCCAAAAGGUACGUGUUAACCAACUUAAACACUUCAAACAAUUUAGGACACAUCCAGGAAUGCCAGUAAAGAGACAAAAGCAGAAGCCCCAGUCGUUGAAUUAAACAUCGACCCUACUUCGCCCCCAGACGAAUUUACGGAUUAUCUUGAUCAACUUUUGAAAGGUCUAAACCUUCAGACUGAUGCAACAACAGUUGAACAUCACAUGAUCCUUGAUCUGUGGGACUUUGCUGGUCAACAGCUGUACUAUGCGUCUUACCCAGUUUUUUUAUCGCCACGAGCAGUUUACAUGUUGGUUUACGAUCUCAGCAAAGGAUUAAACGACCCAGCUCAACCUUAUUUUAAACAGGGAAAUCGGAAAAUUCCUCUCCCUAACCCAAAUAAGGAAACGAAUGUGGAAAAUUUGUUGUCUUGGCUGGUUUCAGUCAGCAGCAUUUGUUCAUCAGAAUCAGAAAAGGCAGUGAAAAAUCAGCGUCACUGUCGCCCUCCAGUGUUCAUUGUGGGAACACAUGCGGAUAAACAGCAUCAGGAAGACAUCGACAAGAUCGAGUUGCAGAUUAAAACGGAAAUAUGUGAAAACAGUGAACAUGUAAUCCGCCCCAUCUUCUCGGUUGACAAUACUCAAGGAUCAUCUGAUAGGGGAGUUAGUGCGCUCCAGAAACGCGUGAUUGAAGUUUUGAAACAAGAACCAUACAUGGGAGAGGAAAUACCGAUUCGGUGAGUUUGCAGUCCCUAGGGUUGUUGUUAUGUUAUCAUCUCCAAGAUAACGCUAAUACCUAUCAUGUACUGGUGCAACUGGAACCUGUGAAGUUCUUUUAAGAGUACAUUGUGUAAACUAAAACGAAGUUACCGUAAAUGUCUGUUAUACGAGAUAGGUAAUAGUUAAGCGAGUAGUCAUCGUUUUAUGUUGUAGGAAUGGCAGGUGGGAUUUGAUGUGUAUUUCCUUAAAUAUUAUAAUGACUCCCCCGUCGCUUACACCACUACACUUCAUUAGAAGUUUUUUUUACUUCGUCCAUUGUAGUCCUUAUUAUUUGGGACGAGCCUUCCCCUCUGCCUCUUCCACGUAAAGAACAAAGAUGAUAAAUGAUGAUAAAUAAAUCUAAAAUUAAUGUCUAGUCAAUUUCCUCAAACAUAGAAUCAGUCAGCCUAGAAUCAGUCUGUACAAAGUAUUAAAUGUAAUUUUCUUGUAGGAACACCAAAUGAUAUCCUUCCUGGAAAAUUUUAAAAUUCGAGUGUUUCUUAAAUAACGCAGUUGAUGCUUUCUGAAGUGCGGCGUACAUAUCUGCAAUUAAUGCCUCAUAAAAAGAAAAUAUAGUGUGGUGCCUCGAUGUUGUACUUUUGCUUGUCAGUGAUUUCUAAAACACAAGGAAGCGUGAAAUAAAUAAUAGUAAUAUUAAUAAAAAUAAUAAUAAUAAUAAUAAUAAUAAUAAUAAUAAACCUUCUGUGAAGUGUCCAUAAAGCACAACAUGUAGCCGAGACUCAUGUGGAGUACGGUCAAUGUGCAGGUGUUUCAUUUGAUAGGGCCUAUCAAAUUCGUCUUAAUUCAAGGAGAACGCACUUGUCCAAAUUUUUUUUCAAAUAAAAAGAUGAAUGCCUUACCUUGUUUCGUUGUUGAUUUAUUAAAAAAUGAGUUUAAAAAGUAAACGUAAUUUUAAUGGCUUAUCAAAAUAGCUAUCCCGCCUUCCAUUUACCUUAUUAUGCCUUAUAAAGUUUAAAAACCACUUUCCUUUUCAGAUGGUUCAACUUCGAGAAGGUUGUCAAAACUUUGGUUGCCAAGAAAGUGUACUAUUUAAACAUGGAAGAACUUCAGACCAUUAUCCAGAAAUAUUGCUUCAUUGAAAACAAGGAUGAGGUUGCCACUAUGUUGAAUUUCUAUCAUGACCUCGGCGUGAUUGUCAAACACGGCAACACAGUUAUACUUCGGGCUGAAUGGCUUAUUAAACUGUUCAAGCAACUCAUAACUGUUCGCUGUUUUGAUGACAUGGUAAGAAGAAAACAUCAGUUGCAUUUCCACGCCCUCAAACAACAGUGUGGCUCUGACUUAGAAUACGAUCUGACUAGUCCUAGUGUGUGUUGGAGUCGCUUAUUGUGUUAUGUUAGUGCUGGACUGACUUGUUCAAUUAUUCUUCUAUCAGCGGCCUACCUAGCUUGUUGGUGCCAUGGUCCUCAAAACAAAGCUCACUAUAAAACUCUGAAUCUUACAGUUCAACUUGGAUUAAGCGGACACCCUCUACUAAGUAGGCAAAGUCUUUUACAACACUGUAUUCUCAUUUUGUUUUGUUUGUAUAGAGCUUAUUUCACUCAUUUGAUCCUCUAAAAUUUGAGGUACAGUCUUCGUGUAAAGUAUUUUGAUUAAUUGGUUCGCUCACAUGUAGAUAUUAAUGCAAACAUAUAUUGUCGUACUGCGAGUCUCCAGGAGUAUUCCAAACGUUUCCACCAUUCAUUUGAAUGGUAUUUCACUCCUAACAUGACAUUGUCUAUCUAAACCUGUAUGAAGCGGAUACUAUAGCAUUCCCCGCGAGUGUCACUGUAUCUUCACUGUAUCUUGUUGCCAGAAAACGUUUUCUUCUCUAGCGUAUCCUCCCUUAGUAUCAUCACUGCUUCACGUAUGUGUUUUAUUUUUCUUUGUCAUUGUUUUCCAGGAACCAAGGUAUUGUAGAUUGUGGAAAGAAAUGGAGAAAACGGGUGUUCUCAACAUGGAACUUGUUGAACACGUGUUUUCCGAGUUUUGUCAGCAAGGAGUAGUCAAGGAGGAUAUCCUUGAAAUGAUGAUGAAGUUUGGAUUGAUCGUGCAAUUCGCCCUGUCACCAACAGAAAAAAAAUAUUUUGUACCAUGCCAACUAAGGUCACCUCCUGACAUCCUCUGCAUAAAGGAGCCAUCGCCUGGAGAUCCAUGUCCACUGUACCUUGACUUUCAGGGAAUGGGCUACGUGCCUCAUGGUCUUUAUUUACAGCUUGUGUCACGAUGCACCGAAUGGUGCUCUACGAGGGGAUUCAAGAAACCCCCUAAAUUGUACGAUGGGGCAUCUCUGUUUUUCAUUGGGAAGGAGCUCACUCACUACAUGAUGCUUGUGUGCAAGAAGAGAUUCAUCAAGAUCGUUUUGAAGCAAAUAAGACAAAACGAUGGAUCUACAUGUGAGCCGGUAUCAGGAAAAGAAACACCGAUUUUGGUACGAACAUCUUUGAAUGAGAUGAUGCAAAAUAUGCCAGAGACACUUCCCUGGUUUAAAAAGGUAGCUUACGAACUGUGUGUUAACUGUCCUUACUGCCUGAAAGUGCAAAAACCAUGUGAUAAUCAUGGCGAAUUCCCUUGCCACAAGGAGCGCUGUUUGUGUCUUCUGACCGUUGCGCCAGAUGGAUCUUGCGAGUACUGUACAGAGAGCCAACUGGAUGAACUUCUUCCGCUUCCUGAACUCAAAAGGUGGUUCUCGAGCGGCAGCGAGGAUUCCUCAAUCAAAGGUGGGGCGGAUAUGAUAAAAAAAUGAUUUCCUAAAAUUUGAAAGCCUUAAUUAUUUGAAUUUGUGUUUUGUUAUUACUCAGUAUCAUGACCGCAGUUUAUCAAUAGAGGUAGAUUCCACCAUUUCGCCUAAUAUUGCAAUAAUACAAUUAUAGUAGGGAUGAACACUCGAUCCUGUUUAGCCAUUGCGUAUGUCCAUUUAGAUUGCACCCAAUGUUCCACUUGAAGUCUUGGCCUUUUCGUACUUGCAGUAUUAGGACGAAAUGUUGUACCAGGGCUGCUAGGCCUCAGUGUUAAAAACUGUCUCUUUCAAGUUUGGGUUGGGUAACAAACGCCUUGUAUCGCUCCUUAUCGAUAGUUUUCGUCCACAGCAGCUGGAGGCGAUCAGAGGUAGCAGAAUUUACCUUGCAAAUCAAUCAAAGUAGUCACAACAUAUCGUCGCAACACUUCACAACAUGUGUUGACGUGACCUUGUUGUGAGUCGAAAUUCAUUACAUCUAUUGUAUUUGCGUUGCAGAAAAGCUCAUGCCACGACAAGGAAACUGGGACAAGUUAACUUUCGCGAAGACUUCUGAGACUGUAACUGGGGACAGGGGAACAAAAUUGGCCAAUAGCUGACCAGUGCGUGCCCAGUAACGAUUCCAGAGGUCUUUUGCUCUAGUUAACUCGGCCCAGGGACUCGUUUCUCGAAAGUUCCGGUAACUUUACGGGCCGGAAAAGAUGCUUUAUGUUUGCCAUUCAAAGAUCAAAGUUUCAAAAAUUUUGAAAAUGAUUCAAUGAAACAAUUAGUUAACGAAACAAAAUUGACUGGUUUGUGUUCUACUAUUCAACAGAUUUUUAUUUAAAAAUUUGCCUUUGGGCUCGAAGAACCAACUAGGCCUUUUGAGAAACGGGCUCCGUUUGUAAAGUGACAAAUAGAAACAUUGUUGUCAUAAUUUUCUUAAACUAGAUACGUCCGAAGAAGAGGUGGAAACACGUACUGUAUCUCAGAAAAGGUUGCCCACUUCUAUUCCCCAGUUUCAUGGCCAAAAAGGUUAUCAAGGUAGGAUUUUUUAGGGAUGUCACUAAAACGGGGAACGGGAAAAUGAAAACGGGAACAAAACUAACUUGAACCCCAGCAACCUCGUUUCCAGGUUCUCUCUCCUACCCGUCGAGAGUCUGUAGGGACGGGUAGGAGAGAACCCUGGGAGCGAGGUUGGAACCGCAGCCCUAUCAGAAUUUUCAUUUCCAAUUCUCUGUUUUGUUCCCAUUUUUAUCGAUAUUUUAGUAUUGGAACUUAAGCAACUGGUUCUGUGCAGUUUAUUAUCAUUCCCAGAAGACAGUUGGUCAAUUAAAGAUGUUUUGAUUGUAAUAUUUUUUUUUCUGAUUGUUUUGAUUCAAGGUUAAAUUUUUCGUAACUUGCUCGUGCUGACGAAACUUGGAAUAUUCACGUCAAUAAUUCUUCUUAUCAUCGUCAGAUCUCAUCCAGUAAUUGUUUAAUAUUUCAUAACAGUGAGUGACGUGACACCAUAUCAGUGAGAUCAAACUUGAACAGCUCAAUUCCGACAGUGGACUUUUCUUUGAUAACUUUACCAAGUUUCAUCAUUCCUAACACUGACAGACUCUUUGGGAAGGCUUUACUUGGGCUUUGGGCUUUGGUAGCUGGCAGGGAUUGUGUAUUUGUCCUCUUGGAUGGUCGUGCUUUCUUUGGCUGUGGAUCAGAUCCAAAAAUUAAAAACAAAACUACUUAUGUAUAACAAAGAUUACAAGGGGAAGAAUUUGUAACCAUACAUGUAUCAAAAGAAUACCCAUAGAGUACAAAGACGGACUGGCUACAAGACAGUAAAGAAGUCAGAUCAAAUUUAGACAAGAUGAAGACACUGAGCCAAACAUUAGCCUGUCAGCUACAAAUCAACUGAAGCAAACUUAUUCCUUGAUGUCUUUUUCUGCCUUUUAAUGUACUUGGCUGUACAUGCAUCAUUUGCAGUCGGUAGAUUCAGUGGCAGAUCCAAAGGAAGGGCCCGGGCCCCCCUUAUUUUUAAGCCAAACUGAGGCCCGAAGGGCCGAACAAAUUUCUUUGACACCAGGCCCCCCUCCCCCCAUUAUCUCAUGGUCUGGAUGACCAGGGUGCCCCCCCUUAUCUGAAGGUCUGGAUCCGCCAUUGGAUUGAUCUAGGGUUUCAGCAUGGGUUUGAUAAGUUUCUUCAUAGUUGCAAUGCUGAGGUCAAGAUUAACUUUGAGAGUUAACCAACCCCUUUUUGAAAUAAGCUUUAGGUAUGUGCUGCCCAAAGAGUAUUGUUUUUGAUUUGUUUUUGUCUGAAAACGGGCACAGAUUUUCUCCAUUAUGGUCUGAAAUAGGGUAUCGUUUUCUAGAGAAUUUUACCCAAGAAAAUGUUUGGACAUAUUAUUUUGUUUUGUCAGCUCCAAAUGGAUAAGAACAUUCAGUGUCAAAUAGUAAUAACUAAUGAAAAAAAAAGCUUUUAAAAACAGUAUGGUGGGUUCACUUGGACAAUGUACUGGGUUCACAAAUUGGGUACAACAUUCACAUGUCAGGUCUGAAAACGGGUAUGGAAUGCGAAUGAUGCAUGUAAGUGACACUGAAAAACGUCAAGAAAUAUUGGAGCUAAUGUUAACAACUCUAAAGGCACAUCACUCAACUUCUCCUAGUUCAUUUAAACUUAUGUGCUGUCUUUCUAUGGGAUCCGAAGCCUGAGGUCUUACAUUUGGUUCUUAAUGUACUUAACCAAAAAUGUAAAAUAUCUAGAAAGUCUUGAGUGUAUAGCACUAAACCAUAGAAUUUGUAAAUCCAAAGAGCAAAUAAUCCAAAUAAUCCUCAUGAUGGUAACUAAGGUUUCCGUACAGCUCCAUACAUGAAUUAUGCAUACAGUCAUGUUUCUGCUCUAUUCUAUAUAACAUUUGUGUGAAAUACAGUGAAACCUCUAUUAAGCGGACACCUUCGGGACCUUCCCAAGUGUCCGCUUAAUAGAGGUUGUAAAAAUUGCACAAUGUUUGUUAACGAUCAACAUUCAAUGGUUACUCUGUACAGUGACAAAGUUCCAUGUUGUUAAAGAAGCUAUCCAGACUUCAAGUUCAUUACCUUUCUGUUACCAACUUUAAUUUGUUUGUAAAUUCAUGCAAAGACAUUAACUGACUUCAGUACGUAUUUCAAGGACGUAAUCCAAUACUACUAUUGUCAAUUCAGUCCGGUGUCCGCUUAAAGAGGUUUUUAACAAUAGAAAUUAGCCCAAUACAACUUAUUUUAGUUUUUGCGUCCGCUUAAUAGAGCCGGUGUGCGCUGAAUAGGGGUUCGUUAUAAAGGAAAUUUAUCAGACGUUCAUUUCGGGACCCGGCUUGGUGUUCGCUCAAUAGGGCUCUGCUUAAUAGAGGUUUCACUGUAGUAUGAGAUAUCUGCAUGCAUAAUAAUAAAUGUAUGUCGCUGUGCGGAAAUCUUAUCCUCGUGAUUUCUCACCUUUUUGCACUGCGGCGAUCCUUCCUCGUCAGAAAGAACCUCUCCUCCGUCGGGUUUUAUGAAUGGCACAUAAAAAACUUUUCGGUUUGGAAUGUGGGCCAUCUUUUCGCAAGAUGGCCCGCACUCGCCAGCCAGCACGUCGCAAAUAAGAUCUUUCUCGAUCUGAGGCCUGAAGUAUUUCAUAGAGGUCAUACAGGCGUCUUUGAUGUUCGCUAUACUCAACUCUUCGUGCUCAAAUUAAAGGGCACGUACUCCUGCGGCCCAAUUCUUGUAUAUUUCUGCUGUUUUCCAGAAACGUCCGAACUCAUGCGCUGUACAAUAAUCUCUGCGCUCUCCUCUCCUGCUUCUUGCCUUUUCUCUUUGCCUUUUGCAUUGCUGCAUACCCCCGCCACUCUGCCAUCUUGAACCGCCCCAACAAAUUACACGCGCAUGGGUUUAUGGGAGUAAUUUAGCUGGGAGGCCUGGGCGCUUGUUUGGCAGUGGCAGCGCUCGGCCACGCGAAGAAUUUGAAUUUACUUUCAAACUAAAGUAGAUUUUCUCAUGGCCGACCGCUGCCACUAGCUUUGUUUCGCACUCUCUUUUCAAGUUGAUUUCAAUUUCAAUCCACUUUAACUCCAACCUAGAUUCCGUAGUGCAUUCUCUUUUUACAAUGUAUUCAAUUUUAAAUUUGAGCUAAUUUGGAUCGUGUUUUACUUUGAUUUGCAUUUGUAUUUGAUUUUCAAUUUUACUCCAUUUUAACUCACCUCCUCGUGUCAUGAUUUGUUCGGUUUUAAUUGACUUUAAUGUAAAGUUAGAUUCUGUAUGCAUUCUUCUUUAAAAUACACUGAAUUCUAAUCUCAUGUAAUUUGAAUCGAGCUUUUUGUUUUACAUUAAAUUGCGUUGAUAUUUGAUUUUCAUUAGAUGUUCAUUAUGUUUUGCAAUUUUAGUCGCUUAAAAAGGAAUUAAGGCCCUGAAAACUGAGUGGCAGUCCUCUGCCGCCAUAGAUCACUACUGUCAUCAAAUAUAAAUUAAAAAUAAGAAAUCGAUUGUGGAACACGGGAGCUGUUACUCAAGAGUCGUCUCAAAAUAGUAGCUUAGAAAAAUCUCUGUAUCUUUUAGAGUUAAAGAAAAAUAAAAGUAUUCGUUUUUUCGGGGUAUGUGCAUUUGUUUUGUCUGCAAGUCAGCUUAUGAAAUUCUCAAGUUAAUACAUAGUCACAUGCAAUUGUUACUGUCUCAGAGUCAAUCCAUUCUUCAUUUCCUGUGGAAUAUAUUUUUAUAUAUUUUUUUUCCGCGAAAACCUGUAAAAAAACCCAUAGAUUUCAUGUUUUUGUGGCAUAUUCAGGUAUAAACGCGCGUGUCUCUGCGAUCAGUUUAACAUGAGACAUCGUGCUAAUAAAUAAACCUCGCGUAGUAAAAAAUUUUUUCGCUUUUCUUAAAGCAGCUGAACAUUGCUACGAUGCAUUUCUUCCUAGAUAUAAAGUAAGACCGUGAGUUUGGAAAUCAAACCAAAGAAAUGCAUCGCUUUGCCAGUGAAAAUCAGACUUAUACAGGAAAAGUGAUUUUUGGCGUUGAGUCUUUAGUCUUUAAAAGGUCAAGAAAACCUACUGCUGAAAAAUCACGCUUAUAGAAAACGUCCGAUUUUUGUCGUGGAGACCAUUUUUUGUAGGAAAGUACGGUAUUCAAAGCACCAACGAAAUGCCUUUUAAAAGGACCGUAACUUUACGCGAGUUUUUUAUUUCCCGCCAUCAGAUUUGAUGCGCCAAUGCUAUUGUCGUUCAGCGGAUACACGCAUGCGCAUGCAAAAUGCCCUCCUGUUAGCCUGGUAUUCAUGUUUUAUGCGUCGACUUGGCUCUCUACUAAACUGUAUUCUGACGUUUUCUGUAGACCUUUCCCGCAUUCCGAGUGACCAGAAAUGCUGUUGUCAAUACUUAGAUGUUAGAUUGCUGAGCACCAUUUACUGACGAAACACCAACAAAUCGACUGGAACUCUGCGACGUACUAAGUAUUCUUUAGACACAUACCAACGACUCACUUUAGGAAGCUGGUUUACUAACUUAGAAUCGUAGUCAACUGUAACCGUCAUCGUACAAAUGACUUAUUCGCGGACUCAAGCAAACCUAACAACGACAGAAUGACUCGACCAGGGGGGGGGGAAGCUACUUCCCAUACAUUCUCUUAAAUGAAAUCCAAACGAUGUUGUCACAACUUGCAAAGCGAUCAGCAAGGUUCUUGCCAGCGGAUUUGUGUACUGAUCAUGCGCAUUACGUCAAAACCAUAAAUCAACGGUCUUGAGAAGAAACAAAAGCAUGGCGGUCGAAGGCGGCACUGUUUCUCACUAUUAUAUUUUGGUAAUUCGCAAUUUUAUUGAUUUUAUGUCGCUUUUCAGACAUAGUGUAUGGUUUUCUUUUUCUGUUCAACAAUUUCCCUCCGCAGAGUUUGGAAUAUGCGACAUAUAGCUCCGUAUAGCGGAUAAGAAUCGCCGAAGAGUUGAGCUAUCGAGCAGUGUUUUGCUGCAAACCUUAGGAAAGUUAAAGUCGCUUCAAGGUACAGAGCUUUCAGUAGAACUUGUGAUUUGUUUAUUAGAAUCGUUUUGAAUUUUAACGUAGGAUUCAAGGUGUUGACUGAUCGUAAUAAACGAAGUGAAAUAUUAUGAAGUGUGGAUGUUUAUUCAGUUAUGAUAUGUAGAGCUGUAAGCUUAUAUUUAUAAAGCUCUCUGAAUAUACUUGCUUCCGAUAAAUUUGACACUUUCUCCAGUAAUUUUUAUCAGCAUCAAGUUAUCAUUGCCUGCAAAAACGAUGUAACCUAUAAAUCGAGCGAGCGCGUUGUUGUUGGUACACGGCUGCGUUUAGUUUCCCCCGCAAUUUCAGUACCGAAAGACAAAUACGAUAAGCAAGAAAAACAAAGAUGCAUGAUAUUAUUUUUUUCAAUUUUUUAAACAUUUCUCAAUUCCUCUGCCGGUUCGCUUCUUGCUUCUAAAAAGUCUAAAAAUAUUUACUGUGGGAAAAAGUGCAAUUAUCCGCUGACCCUCACGCAGGGUGACCGCUUUGCAAGUUGUGAGAACAUCGUUUCUUGGUCCCAGACCUCGUCUCUUCCCCCGGACUCGACAACCGACAACUAUUAAACGACUGCCUUAAGCUGUGCCAAAGGACUGAUAGAAACACACCAAUGACAUUUCGUGUCUUCAUAGCCAAUAGCAUCAGGACUUAAUUGAAAGACGACUAAUAACAUCGCGACUCAAUUGACCAAUUAGGUCAAUAACCAGAGUUUAAUACGUGAUACAACCCACAUUGACUCUGAAGAUGACUACCGCACAGGUUGUCGAAACGUCAUUCACUGUCAACAACAGUCCUGUUCAGGACUAUACUCACCCCGAAGAUCAUGCUCCACCUAGUUAUACAAUAAAACGAGGUCAAGACUUGGGCAUAAUUUCUUUCAAAUCACCUGUAUUUUAUCAACUCAAGCCUUGAGUUGGUGCCAUUCAGUUCACAGCAAUGCGGAAACUGUCUAUUGAAACAUUGUAAUCGUCUAAUUCUUUCAGUGAAGAAAGGCACUCCAUCUGACGAGGAUCUGGAGGAACUGUCACAGAGAAUUGGUAAGUCGUGGAAACCGCUUGGACGGCGGUUGCAGUUUACAGAAGCAGAGAUAACUACAUUUCACAAAGAGAAUCCGGAUGAAUACAGUGAGAAGGCGUACCAAAUGUUGUUGCGUUGGAAAAGUAGAGAUGGGAAAGAUGCAACUUAUCAAGUUUUAUAUGACGCACUGGAUCAUAAAUUGGUCAAAGGAAAACGUUUGGCGGAAGAAAUGUGCUGCGACUAACACGGCACCGCUUGCAGGAGUACAUCGUAUUAAGGUUCAGUAUACAUUAAUGUGUGAACCGAUUUAUUUUGCGAUUAUUAGACUCUUAUGUUAGAUAAUCAGUGUGUAGCAACGUUGACAAAGAACAAUUUUACGAAAGAGAAUGUAGGCAUAUCUUUUAAUGUAUCAAUACCUUGCGUAAGAGGACGCAUGUGAAUGUCCCUCCAGUCCCCCCGACCCGGGGGACUCCCUAAUGAAAUUGACGGGGAUGCGCGUCAUCUCGGUUACGAGAAGAAAUUUCGUUAGGAGUGAAAGCCAACAUUUUUACCCAAGAAAGGUAUCGCUUAGGGUUGUGCGUGAAGAGACGUCCUAAUGUUUAAAAAUCGAGGGCCGUCAUACUUUGUUAGAGUAUAGUGUUCUUCAGGGAUCAAAUAAAGCCAGAACCGCGCCUAGGUUGGUUUCUUUUAAGGCUUACAUUUUAAUUUUGGACGAGCAUCCCUGUCUGUUUUAACAGAGGACCCCCUCACGGGUCUUUGUUUUUUUAGUUCGGGUGGUGCAGACGUGGUGAAAGCCCUGUUUUGUUGACUGUAAACUUUCGCCCACAAAGAUGCCUUCGUGUUCUCUCGCUACCCCUGCGUCUCCGAGGAUGUAACAAAAGCACGUCUUGAAUCCAUAGAUUUCUUUAUCGUAAUCAAAAUGUAGUUAAACUGCGAAGUUUCAAGAACAAAAAAUCCGUUGCAAACUUCGUGGAAAUAUUAGAGCCCAAAAUUGUCAAUAUUUCUACAUACCUUUUAAAUUUGGUUCUUCAAACUUCUGGGAGUUUAAGGUCCAUUUUUACAAACCUUUUCAAGUUUACUAGUCUGCGAGAGCAGAUUCCGCUUUUCUUUAACAAUCUUCUCUCGGCGAGUUAGAUAUUUAAAGAAAAAAGCAGAAAAAGGCUUCCGAUGGUUACUAACU